AGCUGAGCCGAACCGACAGGGCCAGAGCGCAGAGCGGCCGGCCGGGGACCCACUGCGCCAAUGCUGCUGACGCUGGUUUGCGGCUCUAUCUUCUUCCCCGGCUUCUUCGUGCUCUGCGCCUGGGGGCUGCACCAGGCGCUUCCCCAAUGGAAGGUCAUCGACUGCUUGACGUUCAGCAAUAGGAUAGUUUCUUCAAUCCAGGCUGUCCUGGCUUCUGUCUCUGGGCUCAUCAUCCUUUGGUCCUGCAAUGAUGUAGUUAACUGCAGGCACUGGCUUGCUCGCGAAUAUAUAUGGGUUUUGAUUCCAUACAUGACCUACGACCUAGGCGCUAUGUACAUUUGCUACUGGUACCGAAACAGAGGCGAGGAUAAGAAACACUCUCUCGCCAUCUUUAGGAACUUCCUCAAGCACGAUCGCCUCAUGCUCAUGCACCAUAUUUUCAUUCUGAUCGUUCUUGUACCCAUUACACAGGUAAUAAGGGGAGAACGUGGCGACUUCUUUGUAGGCUGUAUCUUCACAGCAGAAUUCAGCACUCCAUUUGUGUCAUUCGGCAAAAUUCUGAUCCUGUGGAAGAAGCAGCGCACGUUUGCGUACAAGUUGAACGGAGUCCUGACACUGGGGACCUUCUUUCUCUUCCGCAUCCUCGUCUUCCCCUUCAUGUACUGGUCCUAUGGCCAACAGAAGGAGCUAAGCUUGCUGCAGACACCAUUCCACAUACCCUUUCUUUGCAACGUCAUCAAUGCCCUCCUCAUCUUGCCCCAGCUGUACUGGUUUGCUCUGCUCUGCAGGAAGGCAGCCCAGAUGUUUGACAUUUCUCAGGCCAAAAGGGACAGUUAGUGGAGCCCAUGACCCAGGAGAUGCAGAAGAAAGGGUAUCUUCCCACACUACCUGCCUCCUCCACAUUCCAUGGAACUAUAUGGGCCCUGGAAGGCCUCUCUUUUCUGGGAGGUAAUAGCGAGGUGGAGGGGUUGGGUUUUAUAAGGAACAAUCACAUUUCCUCCCUAUGCUGCCUUUUUAACAGAAGUACAUUCUCAUGGAUAACAACUAGGGUAUUAGGUUGUGGUAUAUGAGUAGCUGAGGAAUCUGGCAUAUGGCUGCCAAUCACCAGAUGGUUUCUGUUAGCUCUGAGGACACUGCUGGGGUCUGAUCUCAAAAAGCUGUGCAGCAGGUACCACAGAAGUUUGGGGGAGACAAGACAUAUAGAUCUGGUGACAAGGUAGCCUCUGCUAGGCUAUUUGCACACUGACUGUAGUCUGGUUUUUACACAUCCUUUUGCUCACCUCCUUUGAUCACGGAACAGCCGAUGCUGGACCAGCAGGACCAAAGCAACAUUUUGCUGAUUACCUGUGUACAUUCUGAGAAUAAGGGGCCAGAAGAACUGGGGCAGCAGUUUUUUUUUUCCUUUCCUAAGCUGACAUCCCAAGUUUCAAGUACCCCUAUUUCCCUUCACUCUUCCCCUGGUGCCAACGUUUUACCACUCACAUCCACCAUCCCCUGGGCUGGGAUGGAGAGAGAAUAGUACCAAGGAGCCCACGAUUUUUACAGGACACCAGCUGUGUCUGUUUCAAGUUUGCAAGUCAAGUUAGGGAAAUUAGGACCAUUAAAUGGUAAACCCCACUCUCCUCGUACUUCUCCCUUGCAUCCAGUCUGUUCUCUGUCCAUAUGCACAGGACUGCCUGACUUCUAGUAAAACACAGGAUCUUAACAGCUCCCCAAACUACGGCUCACAUUGUUCUCAAGAUGAGAUUCCAGUGGGCUUAGAAAAAAUUCAUGUCUGGACUACUAAAUGUUUUUCCUAUUUUCCUUAUAACCGAGCGUUCUGACCAGAAACCAUGUGUCCUUGACAGCUACCCUAGAAAGGAGUCUUAACACAAAUACCCAGGCCCAAAUGAUCGCUGGGUCCUCCUCUCCACAUGGUCAACCCCCCUUGUCACCAGCUACCUUUCAAUAGGAAACCCAGGUACCAACUCUAAACAUUCCUCAUAAAAACAGGAUGUUUUAGGAAUUAUGCCGUGGCAAAGUAUUGGGACUUUUUUAAAAAAUAAGGUUAUCUUCCCAUCAGUUGUGAUUCCAUUGUCUUUUAAAAGUGGCAGUUUAUUUAACAGUAAUGACUUGUUUCAGACUCUUGCUGUCUGUCUCAGUCUAAUGGGUGCUGUUUUUCUGAACCUAUAAAACGCUAUACAAGUUUUAGGCUUGUCUUGAUGUUUUGUUUACUGAUAAUUUAUCUGAAAGAAAAAAUUCCCUCAUGGAGAUUAAAUCGCAUUCAUGUUUUUCCUACUUACUCUCAUUAUGAAAGACAUCAAUAAAAAUUUCUUUUUAAAACAUU